GAUAUCUCAAUAUCUUCCUAUCAGCAUGGCAGGUGCAUUCUAGUCUCGAAAGAGGCGCGCGUUCGAAUCGCGCUCGAGUCAAUUUACUUUUGUAUUUUUGUCCUCUUGUCCUUUCCUGUACUCGGGCGGUUGAAGGACAAGUUUUGCUUCGCUGGGGAGGACAAGUACGAACCCUUUUCUUUUGAAUCAUCCCGAGAGCUUGAGCAGAGUAAGACACCAACCAAGGCAAUCUGAAUAAAGCCACUUGGGACCAUGGACAAUGUAAUCCGGAAUCUGGGUGGGCCAAUGACGACCACGACAUCUGCUCCACUUGCCUACAUUGUCUUUGCUUGCUUGCACAUGGCCCGGAAACGGGAUGCGAACUCAGGGCGUCAUGACGUUGAUUUAUUGGGUGAAGCCAUGCGACGUGGCUUUUGAUUGAACUUUAAUCCGUGAACCUCUCCGGCCUCGAUUGUUUACUUUCCCGCCUUUCUGCAACAGUUGACGUCUUGAAUCCGUAUCCCGAUCAUUUGGUUCACCAAUUGACUUACACAGCUUCACUGCGCCAAGCCAUCACCAUGAGUGCCGCUCCCGAAACCCAGAAGCCAACCAACAUCACUGGUGAGGGAAAAUCAAGUGAACAGGAGACGACCCCUCUCAGCAAGCAAUAUGACACCCCUCUCGGACUUGCCCACACAACCAUGCAGGAGCUCAAAGACCGCAUCAAGCUUCACUACGACCUAGCAAGCGACUACUACUUGAACCUCUGGGGCGAACACAUCCACCACGGAUACUGGCCCCCCUCCUCCCCCGACCUCCCAAAAGAAGAAGCCCAAAUCAACCUCAUCCGCCUCCUCCUAGAAAUCUCCCAAAUCCACACCUCCCCCGCACCAACCUCACCACCCGUCAAGAUCCUCGACGUAGGCUGCGGAAUAGGUGGGACCUCCCGCUUCCUCGCCCGCGAGCUAGCCGCCCAUGUGACGGGCAUCACCAUCUCCAGCAAGCAGGUCCAAAGCGCCAAAAAGCUCUCUGACAGCAGCAAGCAGUACCCAGACGGGGAGUACAUUCCCCUCGGCCCCGGCAAAGUCCGCUUCAUCGAGCUCGACGCCGAAACCCUCGGGAGCUACUUCACCGGCCCGGACGACAAGUUCGACAUUGUCUGGAUCUCAGAAGCGCUCUCUCACUUCCCCAAGAAGGAUCUCUUUUUCAGGAAUGCGUUUGAUGUGCUGAAACCAGGCGGGAAACUGGUGCUGGCGGAUUGGUUCAAGGAUGAGGGCUUGACGCAGGAGCAGUUUGAUGCGGAUAUCAAGCCGAUUGAGGAUGGGAUGCUGCUGCCGCCAAUGUGCACGGUGAAUGGAUAUGUGCAGUUUGCGAAGGAGGUCGGGCUGGAGGUUGUGGGGGGACCGAAGGAUAUCAGUCAGGAGGUGAAGAAGACAUGGGAUAUUUCUUGGUCGUUGAUCCAGAACCCGUCCUUGUGGGCGUUUGCUUUCAGCCAAGGCAGAGAUGGCAUUGCCUUUUUGCAAGCAUUCCGUGCCAUGAGGAGAGGGUAUGCCAAUGGCAGCUUCCAGUAUGCUGUCAUGGGGUUCGCGAAACCAUGAUAGAUCCCUGUUUCAAUCUUGCAUUUAGAAACUUUUGUACAAUUGCGCCCCUACAUUGCAUCCUUAGCUAGAGCAAAAUAUUAAUGACCAGAAAGGUUUUAUUG